UGCACAAGCAGCAGCCACCGCCCGCCAUGCAGGCCAUCCGUCUCCAGAAAAAGUACCCAGAGGUCAGCCAGGAUGAGAUGUUUGACCUCAUUAACCGCUUCAAUGCAAUUGAUACAGACUCGCCCGGCCGAGUAGACAAAUCGGCCGUGUUACAUGCAUUGGAGGCGCAGGGCGAGUCGUAUGACAGAGCACGAGAAACGCUAAAGCAUGUCAGCGUGGACGCGAGCGGGAAGGUCGAGCUCGAGGACUGGGUCGAGUUGAAUGUCAAGUUACGUUCGCAAAGACAGCAGAAUGUGCUCCCCACCAGAGCCGGUAAGGUUACUGUGCAGGGGUCCAACGCGAAUGUCAGCCAUACCAUCAACGAAGAUGAGCGGCGCGAGUUCACGAACCACAUCAACGCCGUCCUGGAGAACGACCCUGACGUCGGCGGGCGCAUCCCCAUCCCCACACACACCAUGCAGCUCUUCGACGAAUGCCGCGACGGCCUGAUCCUCUGCAAGCUCAUCAACGACUCCGUCCCUGACACCAUCGACAUGCGUGUCCUCAACAAGCCCACGCCCCGCAAACCCCUCAACGCCUUCCAGAUCACAGAGAACAACAAUAUCGUCAUCACUUCUGCCAAGGCCAUCGGCUGCUCCGUUGUCAAUAUCGGCUCGUCCGAUAUCGCAGAGGGCCGUGAACAUCUCAUCCUCGGGCUCAUUUGGCAAAUCAUCAGGCGGGGCUUGCUAAGUAACGUAGACAUCAAGCUGCAUCCUGAGCUGUACCGCCUUUGCGAGGAGGGCGAGACAGUGGAGGAUCUCUUGAAGUUGACCCCCGACCAGAUAUUGUUGAGGUGGUUUAAUUAUCAUCUCAAGCAGGCAGGGUGGAAGCGGAGAGUCAACAACUUUAGCAAGGACGUCUCCGAUGGCGAGAAUUACACGGUCCUCUUGCACCAGCUCAAGCCCAACGAUUGUUCCCUCGAUCCCCUUCAAACGCGCGACCUCAAGACGCGCGCAGAGCAAGUCUUGCAAAACGCCGCCAACAUCGGCUGCCGCAAGUACCUCACCCCGGCCUCGCUCAUCUCCGGCAACCCACGGCUGAACCUCGCCUUCGUCGCCAACCUGUUCAACAACCAUCCGGGGCUCGAGCCACUCGACGAGCAGGAAGCCAAGGACUACGGCGUCGUCGAGGACUUCGACGCCGAGGGCGAGCGCGAGGCGCGCGUGUUCACGCUCUGGCUGAACAGCCUGAACGUCGAGCCGGCGGUGUUCAACCUGUUCGAGAACCUCAAGGACGGGCUCGUCAUCCUGCAGGCGUUCGACAAGAUCCUGCCGGGCUCGGUCGUGUGGCGCCGCGUGAGCAAACCGAAGGAGGGCGGCGGGCAGCGCGCGAGUUAUCAGGCGCCUGUGCAGGACGAUGAAGAGGAGGUAGAGCUGGGGAUCACGCCGAACCAGCCGACGCUGAGCCGGUUCAAGUGUGUGGAGAAUACGAAUUAUGCAGUGGAGCUCGCGAAGCAGAACGGGAUGCACCUUGUGGGCAUCCAGGGCGCGGAUAUCGUGGACGGGCGGAAGACGCUUGUGCUGGGGCUCGUCUGGCAGCUUAUGAGGAUGAGCAUCACGAAGACGCUCACGUCGCUGAGCAAGACGGGUCAGGGUCGGCCGAUCAGCGACACGGAGAUGCUCAAGUGGGCGAACACGACGGCGCAGAAGGCGAAGCCGACGGCCAAGCAGAUCCGCUCGUUCAAGGACCCAAGUCUGACGACGGGGAUCUUCUUCUUGGACUUGCUCGAGGGCAUCAAGCCCGGCAUUGUGGACCCGACGAUGGUGAUUAAUGUGAGCGAGAGCGGGGAUUAUGAGGAUAGGAGGCAGAAUGCGAAGUUGGCGAUUUCGAUUGCGAGAAAGAUGAAUGCAUUGAUAUUCUUGGUGCCCGAGGAUAUCGUGGAUGUAAGGCCAAGGCUGAUUAUGACAUUUGUCGGGAGUCUGAUGAGUAUCGCGCAGUCAUGAUGCACUAUGGCGUAAUUUAACACUAAAGGAAAUGUUGUGAAGAUAAUGAAGUACCUGGGGAUGUACAACAUUAACUUGGAUAAAUGAACUUUACAAAUGUACUGCUAAUUAGCGGAAUAAACAAGAGCAUUGCAUCCAGCUGUGCCGUUG